AUUUGACAAACAAAGACCAGAAAGGAAAACCAGAUAGCGAAAUAUUACGUGUUUUUCUCUCAGGACUGCCUGAAUAUGGCUAAGAUAAUUCCAAAUGGCUAGGGGACAUUUACCAACAGAUGAAGGAUACAAGCAUACCGAAAAUAAUUCCAGGCAUGAUCACAAUGACAGUACUGUUCAGAAUGGAGCUUCUGGAGGUUUCUCCAAUGGAAAAGAUUCCAGAACUGGUCAAGAUUUAUUAACUGAAAAGGGAGGUAAACUACAGCAGGCAGAACAACUGACCGUGGACCAAACGAAGGUUCUGCCUCCAGUGGAUUACUUCAAAACAGACUCGCAGUGUUCUAAACAAACAGGAAAGGUUCUCCCUUCCCGACCGUCUAUCCCCAGAUCUACACAGCAUUCUACUGUGUCAUCUCCCUCACCAUUUCUACCAGCAGCUGAUGUUGAGGAAGACUGUGACACAGACACACCCUGUACUGUUCAAACAAACCCUAUUGCAGUUCUGUUGAGUAGAGCAGUGAAUCGAGAGGGUACCAACUUUGCUGAAGAAACUCAACCAUCACAACCAGUACAGGGUGAUCGAGUUAUAAGUUACAAGUCUCCCAGUCAUCUUCAGCAAAGUACUGAUGUUUUAGGGGAGUUGCCAUUGGAAGAACUGAAUAAAAGACAGCAUCAGGAAAGACUGAAUACCAGAAUUGGUGACUGUGAUAAAUGUGACAACGGUUUCCAUCCUACAGUUGUUCAUGACUUUGACUCUCAUCAAGGUAAAGAAAAAGAUGUGUUGAAGGCAUGCGGACAAAAGGUCGGCCAAAUUAGUUGCAGCACUUGCAGUUAUCUUGGGACAUGUUUUCGUAUCGGCGACCGUAACAUUGUCACCUGCCGUCAUGUAAUUUACUCUAAAUGUUUACAAGGGAACCAUGACAUUACAGCAAUCUUCUACAAGCAAGAACUUAGCUGUCAAAGUAAAUUAGUUUACAAGCUCAAGGAAAUACCGAUCAGAAAUGCAGAUGUUGACAUCAUCAUUCUCAAACUCGAUGACAAUGGCAGAGGUUUCCCACCAGCCUUCACAAAGUUCAACAAAGCAGACUAUACCAUUGAGGAAUAUCUUGUGUAUAUUGCAUUCUUUCAAAAAAAUCUUGCCACCAAUGAAAUCAAACUUGCAGUAAACUGUAAUACUGUCAGAUUGAAGGAUGACAAAUUAGAUUCUGAACACCUAUAUGACCAAAAUUUGGAAAUGAUGGAAAAGUUUCCCUGUUUCAAAGGCGAACUUCCUUACGGAUAUUCAGACGAACAUAGAAAAAGUGGAAGUGUUCUAUUGUUGAGUGAUGUCACUCAUGGAGGAUCCGGUGGUGUUGGUAUUUUCCUGGAUGCAUCAGGGGACCCCGUUGUUGAUUUUGUGUACUGCAGAGGAUACCCUUCGUUCUAUUACAUUACAAAGACCGAAACAGCAUUAAAGAAAUUUGAGAAACAGAAAUUUCCUGCAUGUUGGAGAAUGGAAACAGGGAUUAAAGUUAAGAAAGGGAUUGAAAUUUCAGAUCCAACACUUUGGCAAAGCGAUAAUUAACUGUUGAUUUUAUGCUUUGAACAAAUCCACAGGGUUGUACCAUGUUAUAUCGUAUAACAAAGAAAUGUAUAUGAAGGAUGAACAUUUGCUGACCAAAACCUGACUGGUUAUUAAAUUGCAGGAAACUGGUAAUGUGACACAAUAAUUUAGAAUGUGUCUAUGUCUAGAUUUGUGUCCCAUUGACUUUAUAUACCAUUGUAAAUAAUUAAAAAAAUUGCUGUCCAAUCUC